GCCAUGCGGCCUGCGGCCAGGAGACGCCCCGAGCGCGGCGGCACAGCCUGCCGCCGGUGGCGGCGAUGGCGGCCCCGGAGCCAGCAGGCGCCGGCGCCAGCGCCCGCAAGAUGGAGCGGCUGCAGAAGACCAAGCUGUGCAGGUUCCAGGCCGCCGGCAUCUGCGCGAAGGGCCCGGAGUGCCGGUUCGCCCACAGCGAGGCCGAGCUCGAGCCCUUGCCCGAUUUAGCCUGCACAAAGCUCUGCCGUACGCUCCUGGUCUACGGCGCCUGCAACCUCCCCAGGCGCUUCGGGGCUCUCGAUGCGAAGAGCUGCGCUCCACCAGCAACUACCACAAGACGAAGCUGUGCCGCUUCUCGGUGGCCGGGCACUGCGUGCUGGGUACCAAGUGCAAUUUCGCGCACUCGGAGGAGGA